AUGUCUUCCUACAACAAGGACCAGAAGGAUUUCGGCGAGGCCCCCAAGGUCCACCGUGUCCGUAUCACCCUCACCUCCCGCAAGGUCCAGGCUCUUGAGAAGGUCUGCUCCGAGCUCGUUGAGCGCGCCAAGACUAAGGACCUGCGCGUCAAGGGCCCCGUCCGCCUUCCCACCAAGAUCCUCAAGAUCACCACCCGCAAGUCCCCUUGCGGUGAGGGUUCCAAGACCUGGGAUCUCUUCGAGAUGCGCAUCCACAAGCGCCUCAUCGACUUGACCGCCCCCACCGAGAUCGUCAAGCAGAUCAUUGUCAACAUCGAGGCCGGUGUCGAGGUUGAGGUCACCAUUGCUGCUUAA